AUGUCGAGGACAGCGUCUCCGGCUCCUUAUUUGGAGAAGAUGCGGCCCGGCAGUAGCCAUGUUGCUAAUGAUAUGGCGGUUCAGCUCGCACCUCUAGGUGAUGAAAACUUCGGAUCAGUCCGCGGUCGAGGCGGGAACCGUCCCGGCACAAGUUCCAGUAACCGAGCUAUGGGUCUUUACGAGGGAGGGGGGCCACCCGGACAAGGCGAUUCGAGGCAACGUACGAGAGCUCUAUACAUGUACCAGGCGGCCAUCCCGGAAGAGUUGGGUUUCUCCAAGGGCGACCUACUUGCAGUUCUGCGUCACCAAGACGACGGAUGGUGGGAAGCUGAGGUACACGGAAGCAAUGGGCGAAUGGGACUGGUCCCGAGCAACUAUCUCCAACCAUGCUAG